UUACCUUCAAUAAAAUUAAAGUAUUAAUCUCUUACUUAGCUAGAUUAGCUAGCUUAAUUAAAUAAUUACUCUAGCUAUGGGUUGUUCAUAUUUUAUGGUUGGUGAACUUGUGCUGGUCGUGCUCUUGAUUGGUGAUUUUACUAGUAGUGUUAGUAGUGACCCUUAUUUUGAUGCGAACUAUGGUAUCACUUGGGGGAAUAAUCAUGUGGUGAACCAUAAGCAUCAAGCAGUUGAGCUUUACCUUGAUCAAUCAUCAGGUGCUGGAUUCGCAUCGAAGCAGGAUUAUGGAUCAGGGUUCAUUUCCAUGCAAAUAAAAGUUCCAAAUAAAGACUCAGGAGGAGUUGUUACAGCGUUUUAUUUGACAUCAGUGGAUGACGGUAAUCGUGACGAGCUAGAUUUUGAGUUCUUGGGGAAUAGAGAAGGGAAACCCUACACAUUGCAGACGAAUGUAUUUGCUCAUGGUCAAGGAGGUAGAGAGCACAGGAUUAAACUCUGGUUUGAUCCUACUGCUGAUUUUCACACUUACAAGAUACUUUGGAACCAACAUCAUAUUGUGUUUUUUGUAGACAACAUACCCAUAAGAUACUUCAAAAACAACAUAUUCCUUGGAGUGGGUUACCCAUCAAAGCCAAUGAGGAUAGUAGUAAGCUUAUGGGAUGGAUCAGGUUGGGCAACAGAUGGAGGGAAGACGAAAAUUGAUUGGAAUCAUGCACCAUUUAGGGCAUACUUCAAGGGUUUCAAAAUAGAAGGAUGUCCAAUUGAUAAAAAUAGUUGGACAAUUGAGCCUUGCAAUUCUGAUAAAUAUUGGUGGAAUAAACAAAAAUAUUGGGAACUUGAUCCUACUGAACAGAAAGCUUAUGGGAUUGUUAAGCGUCAUUAUGUUACUUAUGAUUAUUGUACUGAUAAGGUUAAUCAUCCUGUUACUCCUCCUGAGUGCUAUCAACAAUAGUUCUAAAUUUCACGUAUUCGCAAUGUGGUAUAUAUAUAUAUAUAUAUAUAUGGUCUUGCAUGUGAUCGAAGUUAGUUGUUAUUGAGGUACUGCGUGGUUAUGUAAAAUAGUUAUGAAUUAAUAAAAGUGGUGAUAUUUUAAAAUCA